GUUCCACUUUCACAACCAGUGGAUGAGCCAAUAUUCCGUGAUCUUGCUAAUACGACGAUGAUCUUUUUAAAAAUUAUUUCUACCGUCAAUAUACCACCUUCAGCACAAAUCAUUGACCAACGUCCAACAGGUAUAUUCAUUGCUAAUGUCGCUGAUAAAGUUGGACGUGCAUCACAAACAGAAAAUCAAAUGAUAGUUCAAUAUUUAAAAGAUCUCGCUGAAAGUGCAUAUCAAACAGGAAAAAAAGUAGAAAAAGUUUUCAGUACUGGAGAAUAUUUAAUUACUCGAAUUGGUAAUGAAAUUACUUCAAUUAGAGAAACCUUAGUAUUGGAUACGAUUUUAUCUAGAAGAAAUAUUACAUUCUUAUCAAAUAGAAUUAAUAAACUUUUAUUUCAAAUAACUGAAUUUCGUGAUCAAUUUAAAGCUAUUAUUGUAGCAAUUGAUGCGGAAGAAAAAGUUUGGAAUGGAACUAAUUAUGGUAUAAAUUCUUUUCCUGAUAUUGAAAACUAUUUUGAAUUAAUAAAAACAGCAGGUCGUAAAAUUUAUAAAUGGGAGAAUAUUUUAAAUAGCUUAACAAUUUUUAAGCGUGGAUUUCUGGUCACUUUCGAGGCUCGUAGAGAGGUAGAAAGUGUAUUUAGAGUUGCAGAACUAGUCAGAAUAGAAUUGAUUCAGAGUAAAGAAAUAAUACGUGGUCUAAAUAAAAGGAAGAUUGUUAGUAGAAGUGAUUUGAUAAAUUUAGAAGGUGUUGAAAAGCUGGCUGAAGUUGUUUCAGCAAGUUGGGCAGAAAAAGAUAAAUCAGGGAUUAUUAUUCAUUAG